AUGGUCGUCUCUCUAUGUUCGGAUUUUAUUGGUAUCGUGUUAUCUGCAAACGAAUCUCGAUCACAUCACCUGCAGGUCUCAACCGAAUAUUUUAUCUAUCAACAAAGAUAUUUCUAUUUAAUGUUUUUCCAUGUAAAUGCAACUAUUACUAUAGGGUGUACAGUAUUAUGCGGAACAGGGUCAUUGCUCAUUGCAUAUCUUCAGCAUGCCUGCGGAAUGUUUAAAAUUGCUAGUUACCGCAUCAAGAAAGCUAUACGUAUUUAUACAUCAAAGAAUGUUAAUUCGCAGAAAGAGAUUUUGGUUUAUAAGGGUCUAAUUCAUGCUGUAGAUAUUCAUCGGAAAUCUAUGACAUUCUCCAACUAUUUUAUGUCCAGAUUUCAAAUCACGUUCUUGACAUUAGUACCAUUCGGAGUUCUUACUACGAGUCUAAAUAUUUAUCGAGUAUGUCUCGUCUUUUGCAAAUCCGUGUUAAUGAUUUGCAUAUUAUUUCAUUACGUUGCUUUAGAUUAA